AUGGCGCCCACUACACGAUCCGGCAGCAAUCGCGCAGGCGGCAAAGCUAUAGACAAGCAAGUCAUCAAGAAAUCGAAGCAAUCAGUCAAGACGGCCACGAAGCCCGCGAAGGGUACGGAGACCGCAAGUGAAGCUCCGCAGUACUUCCGCUUCCUCGAUCUUUCUCCAGAGCUACGCAACAGAGUCUACGGCUAUGCCAAAGAGGACGACGCCAGCCGCUUCGCUCCACAGCCUAGACGACACCUCUCAGGUGCUUCGCGAAAGGGAUAUGCAGAGCGAACCUGGGGGUUCUUCGCUCUGACUCAAACUUGCUCACAAAUUCGGGCAGAGUAUCGUCCUCUCUGGGUUCAGCAUCUUCGUGUUGCGUUGAUGUCGACUCAUCAGUUGGCCAACUUCCUCGAUACAUUUCUCCAGUCUGAGAACGAGCCCAAGCACGUGCCCAAGCUGGUACAGUUCCUAUGGGAUCAUGGCCACGAUAAUGGAAUGAUCUUCGAUCUUACGCGCAUUCUGCGCCUCCAUUCGCACUCUCCAUCAUUGCAACUUGAAUUCGUUCCUGAGAAUGUCGCACUCGGACAAACUGUGGAUGAAGACAUGUGUCACAAUUGCAUGAUGCGAUAUCAUAGAGAAGAACACGGCCUGGAUCCCGACAGCGACGACGAUGACUGCGACUGUCCACCCCUGCAUAUGAGCAACAGCGCGUGGAAAGAGUUCAAGGAAACCCAGAUGGAGUAUACUUUCGACAUCCCUGAGUUUGUCCACAACACAAAUGAAGCUUGGAUGACGGCUGUGAAAGAAGACAAGGUGACCGUCACUUGCUCGUUCUGCCAGUGGAGUCACCAUGCCAUCUUCAAAAUUCUCUACAAGGAUCCGGUCUGUGAGACGACCACCGACUCUCAACCGGCUUGGGAUCUACUCAAGCAAUGGGGCAUUCUCGAUCUUCAAGUAAAGCGAGCCACGCAUUUCAUCUUGGCGUAUGAAGAGGACCAAACCAUGGACCAUGAUGGCUACAGAAUGAUCAACUCCGUCAAGCGCCAGGUUCUCAUCCGCAAAGUGCCCUCGACGAGCUAG